UGAAUUAGAAAAAGAAUCAUUUGCGCUUCAAGAACGAGGUGCCCUAGGCCACUAACCACGCCGUGCUCUUCGCCCAAGGCGCCGACGGCAACAUCAAAACUCAACAGCAGGCCGAUACUCACUCCUCCGGUUCGGGAGUAAAAAUUCAGACAAACAACCACACUCUCGGUCUAUGAUUAGCAAGGGGUUCUUCUGCUCCAAUUCUACAUCCAGAGUCCUCUGAGUUGAGCUGGGGAAGGACUAGUUUUAGCUGAAAUUCUAUCCUUUUGAGGUUUGGGACAUUGCAUAAAUAAUGGGGGAAGCGCGGAAGGAUGUUCUAUCAUCUGUGCAUUCCACGGUUUUCAAGGAGUCCGAAAAUCUGGAAGUGAGUUGUGUUAAAAUUGAGGGUUAUGAUUUCAAUCGUGGAGUGGACUACUCUCAGCUUCUUAGGUCCAUGGUCACCACAGGGUUUCAAGCCUCCAAUUUGGGAGAUGCCAUCGAAGUCAUUAAUCAAAUGCUAGAUUGGAGGCUUGCUGAUGAGGUUGUAACAGACGAUUGCAGCGAGGAAGAGAGGGAUCUGUCAUACAGAAAGUCUAUGAGAUGCAAAGUUUUUCUGGGUUUUACAUCAAAUCUUAUAUCUUCUGGUGUGAGGGAUGUCGUUCGCUAUCUUGUCGAGCAUCAUAUGGUUGAUGUUGUGGUUACAACAACUGGUGGUAUAGAAGAAGAUCUUAUAAAAUGCCUUGCACCCACAUAUAAAGGUGAAUUUUCUCUACCAGGAGCCUAUUUACGCUCACAAGGGCUGAACCGCAUUGGUAACUUGUUGGUUCCUAAUAACAACUACUGCAAAUUCGAGGACUGGAUAAUUCCAAUUUUUGAUCAAAUGCUGAAGGAACAAAUUGGAGAGAACGUAUUGUGGACGCCAUCUAGGCUGAUUGCUCGCUUGGGAAAAGAAAUUAAUGACAAGAGUUCAUACCUCUACUGGGCGUACAAGAACAACAUCCCAGUUUACUGUCCAGGCCUAACGGAUGGCUCACUAGGGGACAUGUUGUACUUCCAUUCCUUUCGCAGCCCAGGUCUGGUUGUCGACAUUGUGCAAGACAUUAGAGCCAUGAAUGGUGAAGCUGUCCAUGCAAGUCCCAGGAAGACUGGCAUGAUAGUUCUUGGAGGGGGCCUUCCCAAGCAUCACAUUUGCAAUGCCAAUAUGAUGCGAAAUGGUGCAGAUUAUGCUGUCUUCAUCAAUACUGCACAAGAGUUUGAUGGAAGUGACUCUGGUGCUCGUCCUGAUGAGGCCGUAUCGUGGGGGAAAAUACGAGGCUCAGCUAAGACUGUUAAGGUACAUUGUGAUGCAACCAUUGCUUUCCCUCUACUGGUUGCAGAGACCUUUGCCUCGAAGGAGAAAGAAUUUCUUCAAGAAUAAGGCUCGAUAAGAUUUGCCAAAGUGCAUAUUCAUUUAUUGGUGCAAAAUAACUGAUCUUGACAGAACUCUUAAUUUGCUUGGGAAAAAAAAGAUCCAGCCAGCAGUCUAAGACAGGCUAUUUCUGAUAGGCACUAGCAACCCCUGAAAUGGGUUACUGCCUUGAUAUGGGAUUGGGAGGGGAGCUUGGAGAAGCGAAUAUAUGGGUAGGAGAGGGUAUUGAAUUUCUGAUUGUUUUCCCCUGAAACUUUUCUGAUUGGGAUUGUUCACCAAAAUCUUGAGACUGAGUGAGCUUUUGCCUGCAGCAAUUGUAGUCAUGUUUGGCCGUUUUUGCAUCCGAAUAUUGAACUUAUAUUUUCCUCCA